GCGACGAACGUCGUGAUAGGGACACUGUGUUCACUUUACCGGACCGAAGAUGAUGAUCGUAUAGCAUUGGGUCCGUCUUGCCGAUUUUCCAUCUGACAACUACUCGGAUGCUAUUCAGCUGACGGCUAGGAUAAAGGGCUCCAUCAUGCAAUCGGAGCGGACUCCCCUCUUGAAGCCUGAAGCCCUGCCAGGAGCUCCCCCUCCGCCCUACAGUGAAAUUCAACAGGAUCUCGGAGCUUUGGGCGAAUCUUCGUCAACCGACGAUUAUGUGCGGUGCGAAGUCUGUUCAUAUUCCAUUGAGAAGACGACGAAAAAGAACAAGAAAGUCAUCACAUGUCCGAGAUGCAAUGAGAGCACGGCUCUCGGACCUCCCGAUGAAGGAAAAUCGUACUUGCGGUGCCCCGAGUGCAAUUGUCUCCUGAUCGUUCGUCAGGGAGUCCUCAAAACCAUCUGCCCUCGAGAAAAUUGUAAGACGACCAUAAGCGUCAAAACGGGGAAAACGGUGAAGACCAACCGACCCUCAACGUCGGCGUCUUCUUUGGGAAAUGUCCAGCGGGAUCCGCAGUACAGAAUCGUUUGCGGUCACUGUCAUAAUACAUUCAUCCAGGAGAUUCUUCCCACGAACAAUCGGAUCGUUUGCGCCUUGUGCAAUAGAGAGUCCAAUAUCGGGGAGCGGGGCGCUCGUGGCACUGCAGUGAUGUAUAUCGGAAUCGGAUUAGCCUGCAUCAUUGUAUGUGUCGGGCUCAUGGCCACCACGAUGGGUUUGCGGCACAAUGCGGGCUACUGGUACAUUUAUCUGGUUCUCCUGGCGGUUUCGAUCCUCUUGAUUCUGCGGGGUCUUUUAUGUUUAUGUAUGCGACACAGCACGCUCGAAAUUGCGAAUCCUGUCGCUUGAGUCAGAGCAGAUGAUUCGACCUCUCGGUUGAGCAAUAUGAUGGGGGAACAGCUUUGUAUUUAUAAUAAUAAACGUUUCCAGAUGAUCAU